AUGUCCACCUUGAGGCUUAAUUACGACCGAGCUCUUAGCACACCAAGCACAGAGCCCACCCCUUCCCAAGUAGCUGUCAGCAUUGCGGGCAUUGGGAGGGGGCCAGAGCACAGAAGUAGAAAGAGCGGCGGCAGCAGCGGCCGCGGCGACUGCUCCAGCUCCGGCUCUGGUUCCGGCUGCGGCUCCCGCGUCGGUCCCGCUCGGCUCCGUGCGCCCGGGCCCCGUGCCCCGACCCCGCCGCCGCUCCUGCCGGGGGCCUCGGGCGCCCCCGCCGCCCGCCUCACGCUGAAGUUCCUGGCAGUGCUGCUGGCCGCGGGCAUGCUGGCGUUCCUCGGUGCCGUCAUCUGCAUCAUCGCCAGCGUGCCCCUGGCGGCCAGCCCGGCGCGGGCGCUGCCCGGCGGCGCCGACAACGCCUCGGCCGCCUCGGGGGCCGCUGCGUCCCCGGGCCCGCAGCGCAGCCUGAGCGCGCUGCACGGUGCGGGCGGCUCGGCCGGACCCCCCGCGCUGCCCGGGGCACCGGCGGCCAGCGCACACCCGCUGCCACCUGGGCUCCUCUUCAGCCGCUUCCUGUGCACGCCGCUGGCGGCCGCCUGCCCGUCGGGGACCGAGCAGGGGGACGCGGCGGGCGCGGCGCCCGGGGAGCGCGAGGAGCUGCUGCUGCUGCAGAGUACCGCCGAGCAGCUGCGCCAGACGGCGCUGCAGCAGGAGGCGCGUAUCCGCGCGGACCAGGACACCAUCCGCGAGCUCACCGGCAAGCUGGGCCGCUGCGAGAGCGGCCUGCCGCGCGGCCUCCAGGACGCCGGGCCGCGCCGCGACACCAUGGCCGACGGGCCGUGGGACUCGCCCGCGGUCAUCCUCGAGCUGGAGGACGCUGUGCGCGCCCUCCGGGACCGUAUCGACCGCUUGGAGAAGGACCUCCCAGCCCAUGCGAACCUCUCAGCUGUCCCAGCUCCUGCCCCCGUGGCACCCACCGUUCUGCACUCUAAGAUGGACCAGCUAGAGGGGCAGCUGCUGGCCCAAGUGCUGGCACUGGAGAAGGAGCGUGCGGCCCUCAGUCACAGCAGCCACCGGCAGCGGCAGGAGGUGGAGAAGGAGCUAGAUGCCCUGCAGGACCGCCUCGCCGAGCUGGAGCACGGGUCCUCGGCCUACAGCCCCACAGAUGGCUUCAAGGUCAGCAUCCCCUUCCGCAACAACUACAUGUAUGCCCGCGUGCGGAAGGUGCUGCCUGAGCUCUACGGGUUCACCGCUUGCAUGUGGCUGCGAUCCAAGUCCAGUGGUACUGGCCAGGGCACCCCCUUCUCCUACUCGGUGCCUGGGCAGGCCAACGAAAUUGUGCUGCUAGAGGCAGGUCAUGAACCCAUGGAGCUGCUGAUCAACGACAAGGUGGCCCAGCUGCCCCUGAGCCUAAAGGACAAUGGCUGGCACCACAUCUGCAUCUCCUGGACCACAAGGGAUGGCCUCUGGUCUGCCUACCAGGACGGGGAGCUGCAGGGCUCUGGCGAGAACCUGGCUGCCUGGCACCCCAUCAAGCCUCAUGGGAUCCUUAUCCUGGGCCAGGAACAGGAUACCCUGGGUGGCCGGUUUGAUGCCACCCAGGCCUUCGUUGGUGACAUUGCCCAGUUUAACCUGUGGGACCAUGCCUUGACACCUGCCCAGGUUCUGGGCAUUGCCAACUGUACCGGGCCACUGCUGGGCAACGUCCUUCCCUGGGAAGACAAGCUGGUGGAGGUCUUUGGGGGUGCAACAAAGGCCGCCUUUGAUGUCUGCAAGGGGGGGGCCAAGGCAUGAGGGGUCCCCUUGUCCAGGGCCCCUCACUUGCCUGCCAUUUGGGGGACUUUGAGGGGGCACAUCCCCUCCAUAGCCUGUCCACACACUGGCUUUCCCUCCUGCCUACUCCUGGCCAUGCCUCCAUUUCCCCUCUCCUGUACCCACAUCUCCAGAGUGCCCUGCCCUGUGAGUGUGUUUGCUAACCCCACCUGGAUGGGGACAAGCAUCUCAAGUCACCAGGUGG